AUGGUGCCCCGCAGAUCGUUCUCAACCGACCACUCAGAUCCGCCCGUUCGAGCACAUGCUCGCGCCUUCGUAUCUGCUUUGCUCCCCCGCUCUUUCGUAUCAGAAUUGAUACUCGGCAACGGCGGCCUUCCUACUCUGGAGACCUUGGGCCGAUCUGUACCCAUAUUGUGUCUCAUCGUGGACUCGGGCGCUGCAAUGGCAUCCACCGUGACUAAUGGCUAG